CUCUCGAGGUCGUCGAGGCUUUUAGCAGCGCUGCUGUUGGAUUUUCAAAAUACUAUUGCUUAUGCUAUUGCUCAUCACACAUUGUACAGUCAGUGUGCAGUGUGUUAAAAUAAUUCUAAAAGCGGAGGUGAGGGAGAGAAGUGAGUAGUAGUGUUUGGAAUAGUUGACAUUUAUUGAAGUGAGAAAGAAGAUAGUGCGUUUGAGUGUGUGCGUGUGGUUUGUGAGGUAAAGGCAAAAAGGCGCUCACGGAUUUUUAUUGAACGCGCAUAUAUAGGGAAAAAAAGGAAAGAAUUGUUGUUUCAGGCAACAGGCUGUGUCUGUGUUAUUGCACUUAAAGUUUGACGCGAUCGACUAUGGAGACCCUUGAGAAGAGUCGCGUGUGUCGACUCUGUGGAAAGCACUCGGGCAUCUCCAUUGACAUAUUCGACAAAAAUGACAACCAUUUCAAGAAAAUCAACUCGAUCCUACCAAUUUCGGUGCACGAGAUGGACCUACUGCCGAAGCAAAUUUGUCACCGUUGCAGUUACAAACUCGAAGAAUUUCAUAAAUUCUACAUCGAAUGUCUUAAAACUGAUACAACUUUAAAAAAUCAAUUAUCCUGGAUGUGUAAGGAAACGGAUAGUAAAAUAAAAAAACCAAAUGGCGUGCCAAUGGUACAAAUUGAAAAUGUCAAAAUAAAAUGUGAACCACAUGAAAUUGAUCCAUUAUUAAAAAAUGUUGGCCUCAUUGAAUUUCCACUUAAUGGACUGGAGAGUGAUUUACCCGAAUGUUUACUCUAUACAACAUUCACCAAUACAUCACGCUGCCAAUGUUACUGUGAUAAUAAAUCAGACCCAACAACUGGGAAAGAAGCCAUAUCCAAAGACUGUAGACACAUUAAUUUACCUAAAACACCCGAUUUCACCUAUUUAGAUGAUAAAACAUCUAAAAAUUCCGAUAUUUUAUGGAAGAAACAAGAGACGAGAAAUCUUUUUACAUCAAAAGAAUUACGCGCACUCAGUAAGGAUAAUAUAGGCAUUGAUAAUUCAUCUCUACUCCGAAAUCUCAGACCAAGGAAACGAUCAGUCGACUAUGUGGGUGGGAAGAGGAAGAAUCGUAGUUCAGAAUCAUUGGAGAGGCCACAGAGUACCGAACCACCGACUACGAUAAUAAUCACCGAUCUUAUUAAGAAUGAACCAAUUGAUAUUGUCGAGACAGCAAGAACUUUAAGACCGAGGAAACAAUUGAAGACUGAAGUUAAGAGUCGUUCGAAAAGUGCCGAUCGUUGUAAUCGUAAUCGUUCGAAAGCGAAAGCACAGAGUGAAAUUCGGGAGUUGAAGAUAAAACGAGAAGUUGAGGAUGAGAUUAUUGAUGUUCGAUUGGAUGAUGUGCGUGAAAAGGUGGAUAAGACGAGGAAAGAUGGACUGGGGAAGAAAUGGCGGGAAUUGUACAUUGGGAUUGAGCGGAGUGACACAUUGGGUAAUGGUAGGAAAAGAUGUGAUGUUAGGAGUGUUAGUGUUUGUUUGGAUAAUGGACGUUGUGAGAACAAGAGGGACAGGAAGGAGAAGAGUGAGAGGAGUGUCAGUAGGUGUGAACCCAUUUACGGUAAAAAUGUUCAUAGUGGUGGUAGAAAGAUUCUUAGUGGUGGUGACGAUAAGGAUCGUGUUCCGCUUGUUAGGAUUCGGGAAAGUGCGAAGGACCUGGAAGAAGUUGGUAAGGAUCGACAAAGUUUUAAUAAAGAUCAAGGUGCUAGUGGAGAAAGUGUUAAUAGAGACCAAGUGGCUGAUAAAGCUGUUAGUAAAGAAUUUAGUAGGGAUCGACGAAGUGUUAGUAGAAACCGAGGAAAUGCUACUGACAGUGCUGUAAAGGAUAGUAAAGGAUGUAGUAGAGAUCGACAAAGUGCAAGUAGGGAUCGUCAAAGUGCUAAUAGAGAUCGACAAAGUGUUAGCAAAGAAGGUUUAAGCUUCAGUAAAGAUAGCUCUGCUGUUAUUAAGGAAGGAUCCACUAAUACUGCUGCUAAAGGAGGUUUUCCUGCUAAUAAAGGAUGUGCUGCUACUAAUGCUGCUAAUAAAGGAUCUGCUGCUACUAAUGCUGCUAAUAAAGCUUGUGCUGCUUCUAAUGCAGCAAACAAAGCUUCUGCUAUCAAUGCUGCUGCUAAAGGAUCUACUAUCAUCAAUGCUGCUUCUAAAACCACUGCUCUUAAUGCUGCUGUUAAAGCUUCUGCUGAUACAUCACAAUUAACAGCUUCUUCUGCCAACGAAGAAGCAACUUUUAAUGUUCCUUUCAACAAAUGCGAACGAAACGAACACACUGCACUUACGGAUAACACUCCUAAAGAUGAUGACCUCAAUUUAGGACACACUUUCACAAAGAUUAGCUUUUCUAAAGAAGCAACAAGCGACAACAUCCUUAACAAAGAAGGAACCAUCAGAAGAAGUUGCAACUUUAGUAAAGACAGAAACAACUUCACAAAUAGCGAAAGUACCAGAGAUACCAACACCAGAAGCACUGAUACCAACAAAAGCAUCAACUCCAACAGCAAAAAUGCCAACAGCAUCAACACCAACAGCAAAAAUACCAACACCAUCAACACCAACAGCAAAAAUAUCAACAGCAUCAACACAAGUGACAACAGUAACAACACUAGCAACAAAAAUAACAACACCAGUGACAACAGUAUCAACAUCAACAACAAAAGUACCAGUAGCAUCAGCACCAGUGACAAAAGCAUCAACACCAACAACAAAAGUAUCAGUUGCAUCAAUACCAACAACAAAAGUAUCAGUAGCAUCAACACCAGUAACAAAAGCAUCAACCCCAACAACAAAAGUAUCAGUAGCAUCAACACCAGUGAAAAAAGCAUCAACAGCAACAACAUUCAAACAAAAAGCAACAAAGAAAGUACCAAACACACAAAGAGUACAAUUUACAUCAAUAAAAAUCUAAACAUCAUCACUGCUGAUAUGAAGAAAAAUGGCGGAAAUUUUCUAAAGAAUAAUCGACAAACAAAUAGAACAUGUAAUAAUAAAGAACUGUUGAGAAAUAGACUGAGAAAUAUUGGUAAGGAAAGAAAAUUACAAUUAAAACGACUACCAAUGCAAUUCUCACCAAAAAUGUUAAGAAGUCAUGAUCUUUAUUUAAGAAGCGGUAGAGUUAAAUUAACAAAUACUCAUAAUAGUAAAAAAAAAUUUUGUAAGGACAUUAAAAUUAAUAAUUAUUUAGAGAAAUUCAAUGAAACAAAGAGUAAAUUUUUAAAUCUCGAUGUUAAACAUUUAUGUGAAAAAUGUAAUUAUACAUUUGCAAAUAAGGAACUAUUUCGAUUGCACGCAUGUUACAGUAACUGAGACAAGUGUAAAUUUUGUUUUUAGAUAAAAAUUUUUUUUUUUCAACAAACAAGACAAAGAGUGUCAUAAAAAUGUAGAGAUUGGUGUAAAGAUCUACAUUUUCUUUCGAAUUUAAUUUCGAAGGUUAUGAAUACAUACAUGGCAGUUAAUCUUGCAGCAAGAUUGCGGUAAGCUUGCUAUGCAAGUUUUGCAAGCUUCCUGCAAGGUUCUCCGCUAUCAAUGUGUUAUAAAAUGUAUAAAAAAAUAGGUUAUCAAAAUUUCUAGAAAGAUUUUAAUUUUAUUUACGCUUUCUUUCUAGGGUUAUUUUUAAGAUUUAAUGAAAAAAAAUUCUUCAUAUUUUUGUACCAGAAAA